GAUAAUUUGGGACAGCCCUAUAGAAAAGUGCAAUUGGGAAUAAAACAGACAUUCAUAGGAAUAUCUCAAGAUUUUCCAAUCUCUUUUCCAAACGGGAUUGCAUUUUUCAUCAUUCCGCGCGUAUUUUGUUUCACAUCAGAAAAUUUCUAAAAAUUAAGCUGUUUUAGUGGAAAAACAACCUACGGAAGAAGAUUGAACGGUAACGUUGUGUAAUUAUUUAGAGAAUUUGCAAGAGGAAGCUGCAAAACUUGUGAAAAGGCAUCAAUUGGGGUUCUAACCUUAAAAUCAAUUUCACAAUCUUAUUUGUUGGAAAAUUCCUGAAAAUACGCUGAAAAAUGAAUGAGAGUUUCACUGGAGGUGGAUUCACUGCAACCCAGGGUGGUGGUGGACCUAGUGGUCCGGAAAGUAAGGAAGGUGUUGCCCCGCUUGUUAUUCAGCAGAUCUAUCAACUGGGAGAUGAUGGAAUUAAGAUCUUUGGUUUUACUUACGGUGUUAUAUCACUCGUAGCAAUUGCCAGGAGUGUGGAGCACACAUCUACGAGGAUUAUGUACAAACUUGAGGAUCAUACGGGAAAAAUUGAUGCGCACCUGUGGUUGGAGGAAGGAAAACCCGAAAACAAAGAACAUAUUGCCAUCAAUUCCUAUGUCCGUGUAUAUGGAAUGGCACGUACCCAUAGUGGUGCAAAAGUUAUCAUGAUCUUCAAGAUUAUGCCGAUCAAGUCGGUUAAUGAAGUUACAACACACUUGCUGGAGGUGAUGCACGCACGAUUCCAGGCGGAACAGUAUCUACGUCUGAUGGAUAAUGGUGGAAAUGCGGCCCCAAUGAAGGAUCCAACUAUGGAGGUAGACGCACCAAACAAUGGGAGUUUUGCAACGGGGCUUAAGGGGAAGCCCCUUCUCAUCUACCAAGCCAUCAAGAAUCACACAUCCGAGGAGGGAAUCAGCAUCAAUCAGAUUCAUCAGAAGUUCAAGCACAUCCCCGUCGCGGAAAUUCGUCAAAUCACUGAAGCUAUGUCUCUCGAGGGACACAUCUAUUCCAGCAUCGAUACUGAGCAUUUCCUCCCUACUGAGUAAUCUGAAUUAUUAUUAUUAUUAUAAAAUGCAGGAGCAUUCUUUUUACCUUUAAUUACAUAUUUUUUCAUUGAA